AAUAAGGCAGUACAUAUAUUCAUUUCACUUCACUCAGAUUUCAUUCUAGUGGCGAGUGUAGUUUUACGACGAAAUUGAAGAUAAGAUAUGUCGAAUAUCUGUUUGACAUGGAUAAGAAUGUGCGCAAAAUUAUCUGCACGUGCUGCAUAGGACGCCUGAUCAAAUAGUAUAAAUUGUAUCUUGGUAUGGUACAUGCUGAUUUAUUCGGCUGAAUUAAAUGUGUUUUGUGUGUGUAUAAUUAACAUUAACAUUGAUUGCACAAAAUGAAGAAUUUGGGCUUCAUUGGACUGAUUUUAGUGGUAGUGCUUCAAUUUCAAGAUACUCACCAAUCUAAAAUUUUGUUCUUGCUUCCAGUAGCUAGCAAAAGUCAUGUCCAUGUAUUUGAGCCUCUCGUUCGAGCAUUGGGAGAACGCGGACAUGAAAUUACAUUCCUUGCUUCACAAGAAAUAAAGAAUGCUCCAAAAAAUGUCAAGCAAAUUGUGGUGGUUCACGUGUCGGAGAUUUUUAAAGAUAUGCAAAAUCCCUUUGACAUGAGAAAGUCUGGAAAAUUGGCAGCAUUAACCAACGCGAGCACGAAAUACAUAGAUGAUGCGUGUGAAAAAGUUUUCGACAGUGACGAAAUGACGGACAUGCUCGAGAAUGACAAGUAUGACUUGGUCGUAGUGGACAUCUUAUUAAAUUAUUGCAUGCUAGGACUCCUGCCACAUUUCAAGGCACCCUACAUUUUUCUGACGACGAUGGUGGGCCCUUCGUUUGUCAUGGAUCCAACAGGAAAUCGCCUCCCACCAAGUUUCAUACCUUCCCCGUUUCUGCAGUAUUCGCACCGUAUGACAUUUCUUGAACGCGUGGUAAACUGGAGUUUCAGUGUGAUUAUUGAUAUUGUCGCACAACUAAUGUUUGUUCCCGACCUUGAAAAAAUUUACCAAAAAAGACUUGGCAUUGAUACAACAGUCAACGAAAUUGCUAUGAAUGUCAGCAUGAUUUUGUCCAAUACACAUUUCACUCUGACGUAUCCCCGUCCAUAUUUACCCGACGUUGUCGACAUUGGUGGGAUGCAUACCAAAAGUGCAAAACCUUUGCCGUCGGAUCUCGAACAAUUUGUUUCUGGGGCGGAGCACGGAUGCAUUUUCUUCAGUCUGGGAUCAAUCGCGCAGGGAAAAGAUAUGCCUGAAGAAUAUCGCAAAAUUUUUGUAAACGUAUUUUCAAAAUUGAAACAAAGAGUAUUAUGGAAAUGGGAAACUGACACGAUGCCAGACUUGCCAAAAAACGUGAAAUUAAUCCAGUGGGCUCCUCAGCAGAACAUUCUUGGACAUAAGAAUAUUAAACUGUUCAUGACUCAUGGUGGGCUCUUAAGCAUUCAGGAGACAAUUUAUCAUGGGGUGCCUUUGCUCGGAAUUCCUCUCUUCGCUGAUCAGGAUUUAAAUAUUAAGCAAGCUGAGACUGCUGGAUUUGCCGUUUCAUUAGAAAUUUUGGAAAUGACGGAGGAAAUUCUGAAAGAAAAAAUAAAUGAGGUUCUUGGGAAUUCAAAAUAUGCUGCCAAAGUUAAGGAAUUAUCAACAAUUUGGCGAGACCAACCCAUCACUCCGUUAGAAACUGCCGUAUUUUGGACGGAAUAUGUAAUUCGGCACAAAGGGGCACCUCAUCUCAAAUCUGCAUCUCGUGACCUCAAUUUCUUCCAAUACCAUUCUCUGGAUGUCAUUUUAUUCCUAGUUUCUAUAAUCUUAGGCGUUUCUUAUAUAUUCAAAUGUUUUAUAAAAUUUUUGUGGAGAAAGUGCUGCAAGAAAACUAGUGUUGAGACAACCUCUUCCAAGAAACGUAAUUAAAGAAUCUUCAAUCGUGUCCGAAAUUUUUAAGUAUUGUCACGAGUAUUACAAAUUAGUCAUGAGUUCCACACCUGUUAAAAAAUAUCAGAUGCGUAGGUUGAUGUAAUAUGAAAAAUAGUUUACUAUAUGUAUUAUAGCCCAAUAAAUAGAAAUGAUUGCAUUAGAA